AAUCUACUUAAGUCAUUCAACGGUUGUAUAAUUUUCGAUUUUAUGUUUACAUAUAAUAAAACAAAUUGAUCCCAAAUAAUUUUUAUGCUGUGGUUUUAGAUUUAUCUAUAUACAAUGGCAAAUACACAUAUAGGAAAUCUAUCUAUGGGUUCUCAUACUUUAGAAAUUCCACCUAUACUGUAUGAAACCAAUAGAAAAAGACUUGUCGAACGAAUAAAAAAAGUUGAAGAAAACUCUGUUGUGGUUCUACAAGGCGGAUCUGAGAUUUCCAUCUAUGACUCGGACACAAGCUACAUAUUCAGGCAGGAAGCUUACUUUAAUUGGUCCUUUGGAGUUACUGAACCUGACUGCUAUGGAAUUGUAGACGUUGUAACAGGAGAUUGCUAUUUAUUCUUUCCACGCCUUCCAAUAGAGUAUGCGGUGUGGAUGGGUCCUCUCACUCCUUUAGACGAAUUUAAAAAGAAAUAUAACUCACAGUAUGUACACUACGUGGAUGAAUUAAUACAGGUACUUCAAAAACUCAACAGAAAAACUUUACUGACAUUGAGUGGUGUCAAUAGUGACAGCGGUUGCAUGUUUAAAGCAGCUACUUUUGAGGGCAUCGAUAAUUUUAAAGUCAACAAUAAAAUACUUUUUCCAAUAAUAGCAGAUCUUCGAGUUAUUAAAACAGACUAUGAGCUAGACAUAUUGAAAUAUGUUGGUGAGGUAUCUUCAGCUGCUCAUAGACAUGUAAUGAGAUUUGCUAAUGCUGAAAAAUUCGAAUAUCAGUGUGAAUCAGAAUUCUUAAACUACUGCUAUAAACAUGGCGGUUGUAGACACGUUGCGUAUACUUGUAUAUGUGGAUCGGGUAUUAAUUCAGCAGUUUUGCAUUACGGGCACGCUGGAGCUCCCAACAAUUACAAACUGGAAGAUGGAAAAUUGUGCCUAUUUGAUAUGGGAGGCGAAUAUUACGGGUACGCAGCAGACAUUACAGUAACCUUCCCUGUUAAUGGAAAAUUUUCUCCUCAACAACGAAUCAUAUAUGACGCUGUUUUGAAAUCAAAUCAAGCUGUGCUCAAAGCUAUUAAACCAGGAGUAGCAUGGACAGAUAUGCAUCUACUAGCCAAUAGAGUUUUGUUAGAAGAUCUUGCAAAAGAGGGACUUCUACAAGGUUCUAUAGAUGAUAUGAUAGAGGCUGAUAUUGCUCAUAUCUUUCAGCCUCACGGUUUAGGGCACUUAAUUGGUUUAAAUGUACAUGAUGUUGGAGGUUACUUAGAAGGAAACCCAGAACGAUCCACAAGACCUGGAUUAAAAAGUUUAAGAACUGCUAGGAUUUUAGAAAAAAAUAUGGUCCUUACUGUCGAACCUGGUUGUUAUUUCAUUAAUAUACUAUUAGAUAAUGCUUUAGCUGAUUGUUACAGAUCUAAGUUUUUAGUGAAAGAUGUUAUUAAUGCUUAUCGAAAUUUUGGCGGUGUUCGCAUUGAAGAUAAUGUUAUAGUUACAGAUGAUGGUAUACGGAAUUUAACCAAAGUUCCAAGAACUGUUCAGGAAAUUGAAGACUGGAUGGCGGGAAAAGAUGAAGACAACAAAUAUACAUGAAUAUUAAAACUAUUACAAAAACUUUAUGUUUUGAUAACUUUUAUAUAUUCACAUUAUUUUUGUGAUUUUUCUUUUUCUUCCUCAGCAUUUCUCUUUUUAAAGGUCGCUGUUCCUUACUCUUCGUCACUACUAAUUUAUGUCGAUCGGGUCUUCUUUACGUAAACAUUUCUUUCUUCAAUCCUCUGCUAUACAGUCAUUUCAUCGUCUCAUCAGUUUUCCUUUAUCUCUCCUUUGAUCAAUUUCUAAUCGCUCUAUUCUUAAUUCCACAUAGUUUUCUCUAAGUCUAAUAUGACCAAACCAUUGCAGUCUUGGUUUUGAAAUAUUUUUUAAGACUGUAGUCACCCCGACUCUUUCCCUAAUCAAGUCGCUUCUGAUCCUCUCUCUUACAGUCUUACCAAAUAUCCAUCGUAACAUUUUCAUUUAAACCAGCUUGUAUCCUGUGGGAAAUUUCUCGAUCUAGUGUCUUAUUUCCCAUUGCGUAGGAUCGAAGAUAUUAAAAUUCUCCUAGUCUUCCGAGGUUUCUCCAAUCAAUGGUAUAUCCCCAACCAUUUUUCCUCCAAACUCAUUUUCCUUUCUCUUCAAUAGCUUUUCUCCAAUACUUUAACUUUGCUUAAAACAUUUCUUUGGUCUCUUUUACUGACACAAUUAUCAGCAAAGAGUAUUGACCAAGGAGCUCCCUCUCUAACAGCCUUGUUGCAAACCAUUUGUCACUGGAAAACUGGACAGCAGUCUUUAAUUUGGUGUACGCUUCCUCAUACAUAUCCUUCAUGAGCCUUACAUACUUCUCAGGAACCCAUUUCCCUCCCAUAAAUCUCCAUAGCUCUUGUCGAAAAACUGUGUCGUACGCCUUCUCAAGAUCUAUAAAUAUCAAGUGUAGCUUUCUUUUUUUUCUCGCCGUUUUUCUCUAUCAACUGACUCAAAAAAAACAAGCUAUCCGUUUUUUCUAUCCGUGUCUCUCUCCUU